AUGGCCAGCAAUUGCUGGCUAAGCGAGUAUCCUGUCCAAAGGCCUAUGACCGCGGAAGUACCUUCCCUGGUCAUACGCCUAAAAACGGUGUAUAUAUACACCGUGCGACAGACAACGAGCGGGCUUUGUCACACCGUAUACAGCGACUCACCGAAAAGCGAAGGCGCGAAGAGCAAAGGCGCGAAGAGCGAAGUACUAUCAAAGACGACAGCGACUUCGAUGACGCCACCACAAGAACAACGUGCGAUGACGACGCAAUCGCGAUCACCGUCGUCGUCGCCGCGAGCAGUACAACGUGAUGCGCGUUCGGCGUCGGUAAUCGCGAUUACGCCGUCCCCGCCGUCUCAAACAGAUGAACAACGUGCAAGAGAACGUGGUGCGCGUUUGGCGAUGGCGCGAUCGCGAUCGCCGUCGCCGUCGCCGCAGCGAGCAGUUAGACAAUGUGUAAAAGAAUGUGGUGCGUGUUCGGCGAUCGCGACCGCGCCGUCGUCGACGUCGCGAGUAGAUGGACAACGUGCAAAAGAACGUGGUGCGCGUACGGCGACGGCGCGGUCGCGAUCGCCGUCGCCGCCACCGCGAGCACCUGGACAACGUGCAAGAAAACAUGGUGCGUGUUCGGCGAUCGCGACCGCGCCGUCGUCGACGUCGCGAGCAGAUGGACAACGUACAAGAGAACGUGGUGCGCGUACGGCGACGGCGCGGUCGCGAUCGCCGUCGCCGCCGCCGCCACCGCGAGCACCUGGACAUUGUGUAAGAGAAUGUGGUGCGUGUUCGGCGAUCGCGACCGCGCCGUCGUCGACGUCGCGAGCAGAUGGACAACGUGCAAGAGAACGUGGUGCGCGUACGGCGACGGCGCGGUCGCGAUCGCCGUCGCCGCCACCGCGAGCACCUGGACAUUGUGUAAGAGAAUGUGGUGCGUGUUCGGCGAUCGCGACCGCGCCGUCGCCGCCACCGCGAGCACUUGGAUAUCGUGCAAGAGAACGUGGUGCGCGUACGGCGAUGGCGUGGUCGCGAUCGCCGUCGCCGCCACCGCGAGCACUUGGAUAUCGUGCAAGAGAACGUGGUGCGCGUACGGCGAUGGCGUGGUCGCGAUCGCCGUCGCCGCCACCGCGUACACCUGGACAUCGUGCAAGAGAACGUGAUGUGCGUACGGCGAUCGCGACCGCGCCGUCGCCAUCACCGUCGCCGCCGCGAGCAGCUGGACGACAUGCUAGAGAACGUGGUGCGCGUACGGCGAUGGCGUGGUCGCGAUCGCCGUCGCCGCCACCGCGUACACCUGGACAUCGUGCAAGAGAACGUGAUGUGCGUACGGCGAUCGCGACCGCGCCGUCGCCAUCACCGUCGCCGCCGCGAGCAGCUGGACGACAUGCUAGAGAACGUGGUGCGCGUACGGCGAUGGCGUGGUCGCGAUUGCCGUCGCCGCCACCGCGAACACCUGGACAUCGUGCAAGAGAACGUGAUGUGCGUACGGCGAUCGCGACCGCGCCGUCGCCAUCACCGUCGCCGCCGCGAGCAGCUGGACGACAUGCUAGAGAACGUGGUGCGCGUACGGCGAUGGCGUGGUCGCGAUCGCCGUCGCCGCCGCCGCGAGCAGCUGGACGACAUGCUAGAGAACGUGGUGCGCAUUCGGCGACGGCAUGGUCGCAAUCAAGAAAAGAACCCCCGGCGGCGGCACGAAGAGCAUCCCCAGCGACAGCACCAACAGCACAAUGGGCACCCCCAGCUAUAACUAUAUUUAUUCUUUCUCUUAGAGCGGUGAAGUAUUUCUGA